CAUACAAUCAUCAUACUCUGUUUAUCAUAUAUCCUGAUGCCUAAUCACCUUUCUCCUAUACAUAUCACAUUGAGACAUUAUUUAUUUGCAACAAUAGGUGGCAGCAAUGCAUUGCUGAAUAUUUCUACUAUGCAACGAUGAGUUACAUUUUUAUCCUAUCUCACACACACUCCACUGUUCUGUUACUGGCUGGACCUGGACCCUUUGUGAGUGAACGAGACAACACAACACAGAGGCAGCAGAGAGGGAUCCAAGCUUGACAUACAGAGACAACACACCAGAUGGCGAAGAUGAGUGGUGUUCCUGAGCGUCUCACCCAUUCUGAGGUAUUUGGUCAGCUGAGGAGAGAGCUGUCCCAUUCAUCUGACUCGCACAUCUUCAUCAUACUGGGAGCCUCAGGAGAUCUUGCCAAGAAGAAGAUCUAUCCUACACUAUGGUGGCUGUUCAGAGAUGGGCUUCUCCCAGAAGAGACCCACUUUGUGGGCUUUGCUCGCUCCAAACUGACCAUGGACGACAUCAGGACAGCAUGUCUGCCACAUAUGAAGGUUGGUGAUGGUGAGAGUGAGCGCCUCGCUGCUUUCUUCAGUAGGAACUCUUACCUGAGCGGCAGUUAUGAUGAGGAGGACUCCUUCUCUGAGCUGAAUGCCCACCUGAGCUCACUGACCACCAGCAGGGGGGCUGACCAUGCUAACUGUGUCUUCUACCUGGCACUGCCCCCCAGCGUCUACCAUCAUGUUAGCAAGAACAUCAGAGCCCACUGCAUGUGCCGCAAAGGUUGGAGCAGGGUGAUAGUGGAGAAGCCGUUUGGUCGUGACUUGCAGAGUUCUCAGGAGCUGUCGUCCCACCUCUCCUCCCUAUUCAGAGAAGACCAGAUCUACCGCAUAGACCAUUACCUGGGCAAGGAGAUGGUGCAGAAUCUCAUGGUCCUCAGGUUUGGGAACCGUAUCUUUGGCCCUAUCUGGAACAGGAACAGUGUGGCCUGUGUGGUUCUAACCUUUAAAGAACCCUUCGGUACACAGGGACGCGGAGGAUACUUUGACGACUUUGGCAUCAUCCGUGAUGUCAUGCAGAACCACCUCCUCCAGAUGCUCUCUCUGGUUGCCAUGGAGAAGCCUGCCUCCACCAGCCCUGACGACGUGAGAGAUGAGAAGGUGAAGGUGUUGAAGUGCAUCGCCCCAGUGCCUCUGUCUGAUGUGGUGCUGGGUCAGUACAUAGGUGACCCUGAGGGGGAGGGCCAUGCCAGACUGGGUUACAUAGAUGACCCCACCGUGCCCAACGGCUCCCGGACGCCUACCUUCGCCACCGCUGUGCUCUACGUACAGAAUGAGAGAUGGGAUGGUGUUCCGUUCAUCCUGCGUUGCGGUAAGGCCCUCAACGAGCGUAAGGCGGAAGUGCGUCUCCAGUUCACGGACGUUCCAGGGGACAUCUUUAAUGAGCAGUGCCAGAGGAAUGAGCUGGUGGUCAGGGUACAGCCUGAUGAGGCCAUCUACCUCAAGAUGAUGACCAAGAAGCCUGGAGUCUACUUCAGCCCUGAGGAGACUGAACUGGACCUCACCUACAGGAGCAGAUACAAGGACGUGAAGCUCCCUGAUGCAUAUGAGCGUCUGAUUCUGGAUGUGUUCUGUGGGAAUCAGAUGCACUUUGUCCGCAGUGAUGAGCUGCAGGAAGCCUGGAGGAUCUUCACUCCCCUCCUCCAUCACAUAGAGGGAGAGAAAACACCUCCUAUCCAUUACAGCUAUGGAAGUCGUGGUCCAAAUGAAGCGGAUGAGCUCGUGAGGAGGGUGGGAUUCCGCUACGAGGGAACAUACAAGUGGGUCAACCCCCACACUGCAUGACACAGACACACAAAACACACACCAAUUACACUGUGUGAAAGUUCACUUGUGUUUGCUACUCUCCACUCUUUCCAGAUGCUUAUUUCAGUUAUACUGCAUGGAAGAAAAUGUAUUUCUCUCUGCAUUUCUCACAAUCCUGACUGAUUCCCUCUUCUCUCCUAUUUGAGUUAACAUGGUAUCCUACUGUACUGGAUGUGCUGUAGCCAACAAACACAGAUGAGUUGGUUAAAGCACAAACAGAUCUGAACCACCAGGCGACAAAUCAGUAUUAUGGAAAACACUUCUGGACUUGAUUAAUGCAACGUUUGAUUGCAGCAUGGCUAACCAAAUUGAUUGUGACCAAAUAAAUCCUGAUAAUUUAUUGACUUCACUGAUUGUUUGAUUGACGAUGUAAAUUCCUGUGAGAAUGUCGUCUAGAAGGCAUUGAGAUCCCUGAAGGUAAGAGGGAAAAUCCUGAGCCAGCAAGGUAAGGAUAAUCAACUAAAAACAUCCAAAUUAUUCUAAACUUUCUUAACCUGACUAAUUAUAUUUGCAUCUACAUAAGCACAUUCCUAUGUAUCACUCAGUCCUAGCCUAGCCUGGUCUGGGCCUAAUUUAAGUUGCUCCACUAGACUGGCAGUUGACUGAUGUUGUUUCCU